AUGGUCAAUGCCCGCUUAGUGUUUGAGUUGGAAAAACAUGGAUACAUCUCACCGUUGCAGAGUGGCUUCCGACGAGGACGCUCAACAUUUGAUAACAUAGUUCUUCUGGAGACACAAAUUCGUAAUGCCUUUGUUCGCAGGAAUCAUCUUGUUUCCAUCUUCUUCGAUAUUGAAAAGGCUUACGAUCGUACGUGGCGUUACGGUAUUCUUCAAACACUUUUAAAUUUGGAUUUUAGAGGAAACCUCCCUGUUUUUAUUGAAAAUUUUUUGACUACUCGGAUAUUUCGUGUACGUGUCGGUAAUUUUUAUUCCGAUCCUUUUAUCCAAGCUGAGGGUGUUCCACAAGGAAGUGUCCUCAGUGUUACGCUUUUUAUAACUCACUUUAGCGAAAUUCUACAGCAACUUCCAUCAUCUGUUCAAGGGACACUAUAUGUUGACGAUUUGCAGAUUUCUGCUCAAGGCUGUAAUAUGCACUUGAUUGAAAGGCAACUGCAGAAUGCAGUGAACAAACUAGUUUCCUGGUGUGAAAGAAAUGGGCACACUCUUUCUCCAGAAAAGAGUCGUUGCGUACAUUUCUACCGGAAACGAAACAUGCACCCAGAUCCUAUAAUUAACAUUCAAGGAAACGCCAUUCCUGUUGAGGAUGACGUGCGAUUCUUGGGAGUGAUUUUUGACAAAAGACUCACUUUCCUUCCGCAUAUUCUAUAUCUGCGAAAGAAGUGUGAGAAAUCUCUUAAUAUCCUAAAAGUGCUGUCAAAUACUUCAUGGGGAGCCGAUCGCCCAUCCCUUCUCCGAAUAUACCAAGCCGUUAUUUUAUCCCGUAUAGAUUACGGUUGCAUGAUAUAUGGUUCUGCACGCCCUUCUGUUUUACGCAGGCUUGAUACGGUGCAUCAUUCUGCCCUGAGAAUUUGCUCUGGUGCUUUCCGCACAUCACCUGUAGAAAGCUUAUAUGUCAUCUGCAAUCAAAUGCCUCUAGAUCUGCGACGUCGGAAAUUAAUUGCACAAUAUUAUUUCCGAGUGCAGUCGAUUCCGAAACACCCUGUUAGGCAGUUGUCUCUACCAGUUGGUCUUCGUAGACUAUACGAUGCACGCCCCUCUCACAUUCUUCCCUAUUGUGAGAGAGUAAAAAUUCUGCUGAAUGAUUCGGGACUCCAUGAGACUACAAUUCAACCUAUUAAUUACUUUUCUUUCCCACCUUGGGAUACUCCAAAUUUCUCAUUCUUGAACCCGUUUACCGGAUUUGACAAAUCCACAACAGCACCUAUUAUCUUUCAGAAGCUCUUUCAAGAUCAUCGCAGCCAGUAUUAUUCGUACACAGAAGUAUUCACUGAUGCGUCAAAAUCUAAUAGUCAUGUCGGUAGUGGUGUUGUUUUACCUACUCAGACAUAUAGCUACAGUUUGCCCACAUCAUUCUCUGUUUUGACUGCUGAAUUGGUUGCAAUAACACAUGCCCUUGAAGUGAUUUCAACUUCUUGUACACGCACCUUUUGCAUCUACACUGACAGCAAGAGUGCUUUGGAAUCUCUUUCCAAUUUCAGUUAUUUAAUGCAUCCGGUUGCUUUGGAAAUCCUGGUUUUUCUUCAAUCCCUUGAAAACAAAGGGUUCGAAAUUCUAUUCUGCUGGGUUCCGAGCCAUGUCGGAAUACCUGGAAAUGAAAUGGCAGAUGCUGCAGCAAAAUCCUCAAGCACUUUUCAUGAGCUAGCGCUUCCGCAUGGCGAUGCAAAGACAUGUUUUGCUCGGCACGUUCACAUGUUGUGGCAACGAUCUUGGGAUCAGCAGAUUUCUAAUAAGCUGCAUUCUCUCCAACCAAUGAUUCGCUUAUGGCCUACCAUUCCAGUGCGUGGGCUUGAUGUAAAAUUGGUUCAGCUCCGCAUUGGUCAUACACGAUUCAGCCAUAAACACCUUUUAUUUGGUGAACCAUGUCCAAAAUGCACGACAUGCCAUACAGUUUUAAGUGUACGUCAUGUUUUAAUCGAUUGUCCUGCUUUUAAUAAUCAACGGUUACGAUUUUUUAAUACAGUGUCUAUAGACAUGCUUGAACUACUGGGUGAGAAACCUCACUCUAACAUUUUUAAAUUUCUGCAGACCAUUGGUUUGAUGCAUUUUAUUUAA